UCGAAGAGACGGGGAGGGGGGAGUAUGGGCAAUGGACAACGGGGAGACAGGCACUCCACAAACUCCCAUAUAUCUGCAGGAUAUCUAUUUUUUUCAAAACUAGGCUGGUCCUAAUUUAGUCUUUGAUCCCUUUCCUCGGUGCAAACCUUUGGUCCGCUUUUCGAUAUGGAUUCACGUAGCACUUUGACUUCUGAUAAUCCUUUUUCUACUUCCAAGUUCAUGGGAAGUAGUUUUAGCGAAAUAGCCCCAAUCAGAGAAAGCCUCGGGCAUCAGAAGAAGAGGCAUUGCACGCAGCCGUCUGAUACCUGUGGCCAACCCCUUAGUAACAGCACCAAGGAAUGCCAGCUGUUCCAGGGAGCGGUCGACGAUUGCUCCAGGAGCCGCUUGUACGCUAGAAUGCUCCAGCACUACUUUAUCGACGAAGUCUACGACCCGUCUGCGCGCGUCCGCUGUCCUAUGCCAAAUUGCAAUAGAGAUUUUGAGAAUGGUAAGAAAAUGCUACUACAUUUCAAGAAUUGUAGCAGCUUCGAUGAGGGUUUGAUCAAGUGCCCAAUCUGUAACCGCAUUGAACGUUUCAGAAGAACCUCCAAGAAGAAGUGCUGCUGGUUCAGGCCAACGCUAACCCAGAGGCUCCAAAAUAAAGUCAGGAACACAGUAGAUACCAUCAAAAACCUCAGCUGUACCCGCCGAGAAUCUAGUCCACGGUGGCCUGAAACGCCUGAUUAUUAUUCUCCAAGCAGUUCGCUAGUCAAUCCUACACCAUUCUCAAUUAACGCCAAAACCCCAAGUACCCCAGACUACUGGGGAUUGUCUACGCCGGUGACAGCGCAAGAAGUUCAAGGUACACCAUUAUAUGAGCUACAAGACACAAAAAAACCGUUGGAAUUAUGUGAGCUACAAGGCACGAACGGGCUGUCGGAAUUAUAUGAGUUACAAGGCACAGACGGGCCGUUGGGAUUAUGUGAGCUACAAGGCACAAAUGGGCCGCUAGAAUUAUAUGAGCUACAAGGCACAGAUAUGCCGUUGGAACUGUCGCACGAAAUGGCUAUUGGGACUUCCAAAACUGUGUCGUCUGCAUCUUCUAUGAGCCGCGUUCUGGCAAGCCCACUGGCAAACCAUGACCAACACGCCGAGGGUCCUAUGGAAAGCGCACAGGACGCUAGCCAUUUGGACGGGACGGCAUUUGAUUGGCAACAACCUCUAUCACAACCUCAUAAUGCAUCGCCUACAUGUUGCGGUGUGAACCAAGGUUAUUGCAACCAACAAGGUCUCAGGGACAGGAAAAAACUUUUAAUGACCAUUUCGGGGAAUAAUACGAAGUCUGAUUCGGAUAGUCUGGAAUGGAACAUACCUCUCCCAGCGGGUGGCACCUCAUGCCUACCGGAGUUGCCAGCCACUGGUAUCAUGCGAACGUUACCUGCGACAAAUCCUGAAAUGUACAUGGGUUCUGGUCUGGAUCAUUUUGACAUAGGAUCCCAAAACAUAAUAAAUCACAAUAUUUCUACGCCUCCGGCUUCAGCGUUACCAAUGACCCCUGCCCGUCCUCCCGGCCCGGAACCAAUAGAACAAGACUUUCGAUGCCAUUACGCGGGUUGUGACUAUGUGCCUAAGGGGAAGAGAGAAAACCGGGGGUCGUACUUGAAGAAGCACACAUCGACACACACCAGGGACCGGGUGUCCAAAUGCCCCUAUUGCGAUAAUACUUACACUCGACCAGAUAACCGAGAUGUCCAUGUCCGCAAAGCUCAUGCUAACAAAAGGCGUCAAGAAAGUUGGGAUGACGCAGCACCUGAUGAACGGGAGGGUAAAAGAAUUUCAUACAGAGGUGGGGUGUGUUAAGGGACACUUGGCCGCUUUUGAUGGGAAUUUGUCGGUUUCUCUUCCUGUAUUAGUCGAAGAUGUCUCUCAGUUCCAUCCCGCCUUCCAGAGGCACUCGCCAGACUCGUAAGCUACUAUUUAUAACCUAGUAUCGUUCAAUCAACUUUAUAGAUGUCAUGCUGCAAUAUUCCGAUUGACCUACUUUGGCUACAUUCUAGCGCAUCAUUACACGGUAAAAUAUACGUG